CCUUAAUCUUUGCUUCCUCCGUCAAACAGUGUCAUUGUCUUCCUUUGAUUUUUCAACUGGGAGUCAAAUGCUCCUGAUCUCACUCUCCCUUUGAAAUCUUCAGUCUUUCACUGCAAAAUACCCCGGCAUCAAAUUCUGGUAAGAAGCAUUGAUUCUUGUUUUUUUCACGUUCUUUCUAAUGUUACUGUAAUUAAGGGCUUCUAUGAGUGGACAGUACCCUAGUUUAAUACUGCUGUUUUAAGGAUUCUUUGUCCUUGCACUGUCUAGUUUAUUGUCCUUGCUAGAUUAUUAGACCCUUUGGAGAUCAAUCCAGUGGAAAGUUUUGAGCUUUAUGGUUUGUUGUAUUUGUAGUAGUAACAAAGGUUAGUGCUUUUUGGCUGGGUUUGCUGGUUUUAGUGGGAGUUUGGGGAAUUUGGUGAGAUUUGGGAAACGGGUCAUAAUGGAUUUGCAUUUGAAGAAUUUGUUUGGUAGAUUUCAGGAGCAAUUUGGUUCUGGUCCUGGGCUUGGUCCUGGAUCAAGUACAUGUCUAAUGAAGGUAGAGGGAGUUUCUCCUAAUUUCAUUAAAUCUAUAUAUAAAGGUUCUGCUGCUCUUUAUAGAACUGAACCGUGGAAAAGAUUGCGUCCUUGGCAUCUUUUUGGUAUCCGGGUAGGGAAGGAUUCGGAUUGGUCCGGCAAGAAACAGCCUUUUCCUUGUGUUCAGUUCAUAGGAGGUGAUGGUGGGGAUGUUGGGUUUUAUAUGUUUCGAUCUGAAAGUGAUGCUAAGAAGAUGACUGGACCGAGAGAGACAAUUCGUGUUCCAAAUGUUGAGCUUUUGAGGGUCUCGUAUGAACCUGAGAGGUUGAUGUUUCCUUCAAAUAAGAGAAUGAUCAAGUCUUUGUCAUUGGAAGCAUCGGGUACUGAUAGGUUUCCUGUGAUUGAUGUUGCACGUUGUAUGUCUUCUGGUGAGCUUCGGUUUAGGAAUCCAACUCUUGAAGAGCUUAGGUUUGUGCAUGCCUUCAUGAGAGCUAUUUCUCUUGUGCAUCCACUACUCCAGGAAGAUAAAGAUGGUGCUCCAAAAUGGUCAAGGAUGAUGUAUUUUGAAACAUUUAUUGAGACUGUGGAUGUUCAAUGGCCUCCAGAAAUGGCCAAGGGUCAUGACCUUGUUGCAGUUACUGUCUCACAUCCUCCUGGUCAGGCAUAUGAGGAAAAGGCUAGCUCAACAGCUAGCUCGACACCCACCAAGUAUGCUGAACCACCAAGGGAGGAGGUCUUUGUUGAUGUAAGAGUAAAUUCAAAUGGUGUCUUGAGGCAGUGUACAUUGUGCGAGAAAGAAGUUCAUGGAGACCAGUCUCAAUGUUGUGCGCAGUGUCGCGCUGUGGUCUACUGCAGUUCUCUGUGCCAGAAGCAGCACUGGAAGGAAACACACAAGAGCAUGUGUGGUCUUUACAAGGCUAUGAUGGAAAGAGAAGAAGAGCUGGCAAUGAAAAUCUUUUUGUUCCCAUGUUCAGCUGACCAGCCUUGUAAAUGGCUUGAGUCACUGGGCAUCCAUCAAAAAGGCAUGUGGAGAAGGAAGUGUGGUUGCUAUGCUCACUGCCCUCUUGGUCUCCUUCCUGUCAAAGGUGGGCUUUGGGACUCAUGGGGUGGGCUGGAUGAUGAGGAGUACCCUCGUGAUUCCCCUUUUCACAACCACGUAAGAGAUGGAAUAUCAAGCCCAAUCCUUCUUUCUGGUUGGUCAGAGUACUAUAAUCUUCGGUCGCUGCCAUUAUCAAGCCCUGUUGCUGACAUUCUCUCUCACCCAUUUACAGUUUAUUACAUAUUAACUGCUCUUAAUAUUAGUUCGAAGAACCUGUUACUCAAAGGGAAAGAGGUGAUUCUUCACUACCUUGGUCCUGAAGGGGAGUUAGAUUGGAUGCCUGCAUUUGCAGAGAUUGGCCAUUUGCUGAAUGGAUCAGGAAAUAUACAUAUUGUAAUGGUGGGACCGGAAGUUCCAACUAACUUGUCAGGGACAACUUCAGGAAUAAGUAGUAGAGUGAGGGUGAAUCUUGUGAGAGGUAAUUAUCAGGAUGAAGCCACCUAUCUUCCUUCUCCACAUAUCAUUGUUGCAUUGAACUGUGGAUUGGAGAGCUAUUCUGCUUGGGGAGGAGCACUUGAAUUGAUAAAAUCUAGAGGUGUUCCAGCCUUCUUCACAGAGCAGUCUGAAAUUUUAUGUGCGAAUGCAAAGCAGGUUCUUCGCGGAGCUGGAUUACACAUUACACAUCCAGUGACACCAAAUCCUUUCCGCUCUCCAAUCAAGACUCACUGUCUUUCAAACAAUCUUCCUUCAUAUAGCAAUGGUUUUGUGCUUGGGGUGAAUACAUGAAGAAGGAGCCAUGCUUCUGUUGUCCAUGGUGGUUGUCAUUUACCUGAUCAUAUUGCAGGUGUUGUGGUGAUUGAAGCAACUUGAUUUAACCAUUUCAAAGAACAUUUUGUAUAUUUUUAAUUGUUUCAUAAUGUUUAUCAUUUAACUGUAAUAAGCUGAUUAUCAGCUUGGUAUGCCACUGUGAUCUUAUUUCUUGUUGCAAUCCAUAGUGGGCAUCGACAAUUCCUGGCCAGAUAUGGUUUCAUUCAAAGUGUGUAAACGUUCAAUCAUAAGAGAAUUGUUUUCCACGGUAA